AACCGAAGCUCCGGCGCCACGUGUACGGCCACCACGCGACCCCGCACGCCUUGUGAUCGUGCCACCCACUUCCCCCUAUCUUUCUUAUUUUCCACACCGAAACAAAAAACCAAACAAAACAAAGAGAAAAUAAACCCCAAGUAGAUCUCUCCCAUUCCGUACAGUCGCCGGCGAGUUUCACGGUGAUUCUAACGCCGGAAAGUUCAUCCGUUCCUGCUCACAGAUCUCCCCGCGAUCGCCGCGCAGAGCUUCCCACUUCAGAUAACAUCAAUGUGCAUUGUUGGUGAAGAGAAAUUUGUAUCGGAGGGUGUCGAUAGAAGGGUGACCGGAGCGUUGGACCGGAUAGGGGAGUGUGAUAGCUUCAGUGGGGAGGAGUUUGAAGUGAAGAAGCAACAGAAAUGUCUUUUCAGAAUCAGGGCUUUUGGAUGGCAAAGGGUACCGGGGGUGUAAAUGAUGGUGAGAGGCUUUAUGAUAAUUCUUCUGCAACUGAGCCUAAGCGUUCUCAUCAAUGGUUCAUGGAUGGUCCUGAGGUAGAGUUACUCCCAAACAAGAAACAGGCUAUUGAAGUUCCAGGCACCAAUCUAUUUUCAGGCUUGUUGAACGCAAAUGUUUCUCCAUGGGGAAAUGUUCCCAGUUUUCAGUCAUUCUCUGGCCAGUUCACUGAAAGGUCAUUUGAUUCUGAAGCAGACAGAGCCGUGAAUUUUGAGGACAGAAACAUUUCAUCAGUUGGCUCAGAAAAAAUGAGAAAAAUUAAUGAGGAUCUAUUUGGGAAUGAUUCUUCUUUUGGUUUAUCUAUGUCCCAUUCACUGGAAGAUCCUAGGUUGAGUCCUAACUAUGGUGGUUUUAGAAAAGUGAAAGUCAGUGAGGUAAAGGACUCUGAGAAUGUCAUGCGUGUUUCGGUUGGACAUGCUUAUAAUCCGGGAGAUAACGAUGCCAUGUUGGCGCCUCAUGUUUACAAGGCGGAUGACAACUCAGGAUCAAUGGGUCUCACUUAUAAGAAAGAGGAUGAGAACUUCAUAACCAUGAGUGAUUCCUAUAAUAGGGCAGAUAACAAUUUUAGAUCAAUGGGACAACCCUUUACUAAAGGGGAUGAGUACAUAGGAAUUGGUCAAACAUACAAGGAGGAUAGUAAUACCCUAUUGAGGAGUCGAACAUUCAACAAGGGUGACAGUACUAUCAUCUCGGUUGGUGAAACCUACAACAAGGCAGAUGAAAGUACCAUGUCAACUGGUCAUAUUUAUAAUAAAGGGGAAGAGAUAUCAAUGGGUCAUGACUAUAGCAAGGUCGACAAUAAUAUGUUGUCAAUUGGUCACUCUUACAAUAAGGGAGAGAGUACUAUCAUAUCCUUUGGCGGGUGUGAUGAUGAUGAUGAUGUAAAUACCUCAACAAUCUCUGGCUAUGAACUUCUUAUGGGUCAAUCUUUUCCAAAAACAGAAGCUAUGAAUGAGAAAGACUUGGGUAAAUUAAAUGCUGAUGCAUUUGUAAAUCAACCUCAUAUAAUUGCUGGAGCUGAAACUGUUUCCAGAAAGAAGGAUGACCAGAAAAUGUCUAAGAAGUCUCCUUCAAACAACUUCCCUUCGAAUGUGCGAAGUUUGCUAUCUACUGGUAUGCUGGAUGGAGUUCCUGUAAAGUAUAUUGCCUGGUCACGGGAGGAGCUGCAGGCUGUAAUUAAAGGUUCUGGGUAUCUAUGUGGCUGUCAGUCAUGUAACUUCUCUAAGGUAAUCAAUGCAUAUGAAUUUGAGCGUCAUGCUAGUUGCAAAACAAAACACCCAAAUAACCACAUAUAUUUUGAGAAUGGGAAGACCAUCUAUGGGAUUGUGCAAGAGCUCAGGAGCACACCUCAGAAUAUGCUGUUUGACGUUAUUCAGACUAUUACUGGUUCACAAAUCAAUCAGAAAUCCUUCCGUCUUUGGAAAGAAUCGUUUUUGGCAGCAACACGUGAACUUCAACGUAUAUAUGGCAAUGAUGAAGUGAAACAAUUGGCAUGAAGCAAGCACCUUCAAUGUUAAGGCAGGGUCAUCUUUCAUUUUGUGCAUACAAGUAACCUUUUUUGGCUCUAACAUGUACUCAUUGAUGGUGGGUACAUCACCGACGCAAGGGCUCGGGGUAAUCGUGUGAAGGGCAAACUAUAGAUCUUUAUAAUGAACCUUGGAAUAUAACCCCUGUUGUUGGUCCUUCGAUUUCUGAUGCCACCGUGUAGUUUGUAACUUUGUCCUUUGUAGCAUAACUCUUGAACAAAUGUAAUUUAAGAUUUUUGUUACUUCUGGAAUGAUGAAUGAAUUUUUUUAUUCUUAAGGUUA